AAUCUGAUCUGAAAAUUCCCUUCCAGAUAGUUAUAAAAUCUAUAGUUAGUUGUCGACAAAAAUGGUUUUGAUUGUGUAAGAGAGUAAUGCUGUAAGUUUAUACUCAUUUGUCUCGAAAUAAAAAUACUUUCAGAUAUAAUAGGGUAAGAGAUACAUACCAGAAGACAUCAGAAGACGAUCAAAGAUGAUUGAAAUUGAAGAUGUGACAGAAGAUGAAAGAAAAGCAAUUGAAGAAUUUAAACACAAAAUGGAAUCUGAAAUAACGCCCUUUCUACGUCAAGAUAAAUCGCUGUGGUAUCGGUUUUUAAAAGCUAGAGACUUUGAUCUGAAAAAAGCGGAAAUCAUGUUACGAAAGCAUAUGUCUGAUGUUAAGAAAUUUCAAAUUGAUGAGGUGUCCAUAAGUUAUGAUCCACCUGAAGGCAUUUAUGAUUAUAUAGAUUUCAAAUGUUUUGGAUUUGAUAAAGACGGAUGUCCGGCUCAUUAUAAUUGCAUGGGAGGAACAGAUCUUAAAGGUAUUCUUUCCGCCUAUACAAUAUUACAAAUUUAUCAUUGUGUAAAUCGGUAUUUGCAGGAAAGUCUUAAAAUGCUAACAGAACAAAGCAAAAAACUUGGCAAAGUGCUAACUCAGUUUGUAUUCAUAUUCGAUAUGAAAGGUUUUAGUUUAUAUCAGGCCUCAAACAAGGAAGCUCUUGAAGCAAUGUAUGAAGGUUUCAAAUUAUUCCAAGACAAUUAUCCAGAAAGAAUUAAGGCUAUUUAUGUUUUAAAUGCUUCUCUGUAUUUUAAUAUUGCAUUUAAUAUCAUUAAGGCGAUUCUUUCAAGAGCUGUCAUGAACAAAAUUUUUAUCUUUGGUGAAGAGGGAUAUAAAGAAGCUCUUUUAGAACAAUUUGACGCCGAUGUUUUACCCGCUUUCCUGGGAGGAAAUAGAACAGAUCCUGAUGGUAAUCCCAACUGUAACACAUUUAUUAUUCAUGACGGAAAAGUUCCUACAGAGAUGUAUCGGAAAAACCGUAAAAGCAAAAAAGCACUUGCUAAUCUUGAUGGAGUAAAGAAACUGUCACUAAGUCGAUCUUCAUAUUCCGAAAUUCUUAUUAACAUUCUCGAAGAAGAUUCGCAAAUUGAAUGGCGAUUCGAAAUUGAAGCAAGGGAUAUAGGUUUCGGUCUAUUUUACAGAGACAAUUCUACAGUCGAAACAGUUUUAGAAGAGUUGAUUCCAUUAGAAAAAGUUGAUACUGUACUAGCACCUGAAACAGGUCUAUACCAAUGCCGAAAAAUUGGAACAUAUGUUAUUUUGUUUGAUAAUUCUUACAGUUGGAUACGUCCAAAAGAACUGUACUACACAAUUCGUAUCUUGAAGCCUAAUAAGGAACGAUAUGAUAAUCUUUAAAUGUACUUUUAUA